GAUCUACAUAGGUGGCGACAUCCAUUCUAUGACAGGGAAGCUGCAAGCCAUUGACAAGCGAGCUGCUGAAAUUUGAUCACCAUUUCAUUUUUGUGGCCCACAAGAGUCCAUGCGUUCAGUUCUACGAAACUUUUUUUUUUCUACCAUGGCAGCUGAAUCUGUCUCUCUCCCACACCACUUCAAACAACUGCAGAAAACUACAUGGCAGGAGAAGUUGUAGCAGCAAAACACAGCAACUCUGACUCAGUUUCUCACCAUCAUUAUCACCACCACCAUAACCACUCUUCCUCUUCAAACCAAAAGCUCCACCAAGCUUAUCUUGCACUCCAGGCAUGGAAGCGGGUAAUCUAUUCUGAUCCAAACAACUUCACCUCGGACUGGGUUGGUCCCUCUGUGUGCAAGUACAAUGGUGUAUACUGUGCACCUUCUCCUUAUGACCCCAAUAUUCAUGUUGUUGCUGGCAUUGACCUUAACCAUGCAGAUAUAGCUGGGUUCCUCCCUGAUGAAUUAGGCCUCCUCUGUGACCUUGCACUUUUCCAUAUAAACAGCAACCGUUUUUGUGGCAUUCUCCCACAAUCCUGGGCCAAUCUCACACUCCUCUAUGAGCUUGAUCUUAGUAACAACAGAUUCGUAGGCCCUUUUCCUUCGGUUGUGCUCUCUCUCCCUACUCUAAAGUAUCUUGACAUUCGCUAUAAUGAAUUUGAAGGGCCAUUGCCUUCUGAACUUUUCAGCAAAGAUCUUGAUGCCAUUUUUGUUAACAACAAUCGAUUCACUAGUGUUAUUCCAUCAAAUUUCAAUGGAAGCUCAGCUUCGGUUGUGGUCUUUGCCAACAACAAAUUUGGGGGCUGCUUGCCACCUACUAUAGCCAAGUUUGCCAACACAUUAGAGGAGCUGCUCUUGACCAACACUAGUUUAUCAGGCUGUUUACCUCCAGAAGUGGGUUUUCUCUACAAGCUAAAGGUAUUAGAUGUGAGCUUUAACAAGCUGGUCGGUCCUAUACCUUACAGUAUUACAGGGUUAACCUGGUUAGAGCAACUAAACUUGGCACAUAACAUGAUGACAGGUGUUGUACCAAUUGGGGUGUGUGUUUUGCCAAAUUUAGCCAAUUUUACCUUCUCUUACAAUUUCUUUUGCGAGGAGGAGGGAAUCUGCCAGAACUUGACAUCAAAGGGCAUAGCUUUUGAUGACCGUCGAAACUGUUUGCCUGACAAACCUCUUCAAAGGAGCAAGAAAGAAUGUGAGGCAGUGCAUCCUGUAGACUGCUUUGAGUACCACUGUAUGGGUGGUGGAGGAAGUAACAGCAAUGGCAGCUUUGGAGGUGCAACUGCAUUAGCUCCUGCUAUGGUGCCUGCAUUAGCUCCUCCCAUGGUAGCACCUUCUAUUGCUCCUGGUCCUGGCCUCACAUAAGCACCAUUGUAAUAUGAUUUGGAAAUAAUCUUUGUUUGGACUUGUAAAUAAAACAUCUGAAAUUUGUACACUGAGUUAUAUAAUCCUAUAGAUGUGUGGUU